UCUUCUCUCAAAUUAAUCAAUUUUAAAUUCAGGCUUUAAUCAAAAUGUGGAUAAAGUUCUGGGGUGUGAAUACUUUAAGGGCAGUGUAUAUAACAUCGCACGGCGCGCCAUGCCUCCUCUUGCACCAUGUGGGGCGCGCACCACAGCGCGGUAAGAAGAUAGGUUACUGGAUACAGCGGCAGUCCAUCCAAAACUAGCUCUGUGCGCAGCUGUCUCUUCGCAGCGCGUUUCAGGCCUACACUGAACUCUCCAAAUACGGUAAAUUCUCUCAGCUGUAGAGGGCUAUUUUGCUCUUCUGCCCGCUGUGUCAAAAAACUCGGCAUAUUGUGCCAGUUCAGCAACAUGCAUCUAUGGAGAGUCUUUUCUACGUGGCUAUUCUUCCUCUGUUUUAGUUUUCUUCCAGUGUGUCUGGGUGCUCAUGGGAGAUAUGCUCAGAAGUUGUUGACUGAUUUGUUCGCUAACUACACCAACGCUCUGAGACCGGUAGAGGACACAGACCACAUCAUCAACGUCACACUGCAGAUCACCCUCUCACAGAUCAUUGACAUGGAUGAGCGUAACCAGAUCCUGACCACGUACCUGUGGAUCCGGAUGGUGUGGACGGACGCCUACCUCACUUGGAAGAAGGAGGACUACGAUGGUCUCGAUACCAUCCGCAUACCUAGUAGUUAUGUAUGGAGGCCUGAUAUUGUCCUAUAUAACAAUGCUGAUGACCAGUUCUCCAGCUCUAUGGAGACCAACGUGGUGAUCCGUAACGACGGACAGAUCAUGUGGGACCAGCCGGCCAUCAGUAAGAGCUCGUGCUCCGUGGAUGUGUCCUUCUUCCCAUUCGAUGCCCAGCAGUGUCGCCUAACCUUCGGCUCCUGGACACACAACGGCAACCAGAUGGACCUGGUCAACGCCCUAGACAGCGCUGACCUGGCUGACUUUGUGGCCAACGUAGAGUGGGAGGUUCUGGGUAUGCCAGCCAAGAAGAACGUGAUCCUGUAUGGCUGCUGCUCAGACCCCUACCCAGACAUCACCUACACCCUGCAUCUGAAACGCAGGGCCUCCUUCUACAUCUUCAACCUACUCAUCCCCUGCAUGAUGAUCUCCUUCCUGGCCCCGCUGGGCUUCUACCUGCCGGCUGACUCUGGGGAGAAAGUGUCCCUGGGGGUCACCGUGCUGCUGGCACUGACCGUGUUCCAGCUGCUGGUGGCAGAGAGCAUGCCACCCUCGGAGAACGUACCACUCAUUGGGAAGUACUACAUUGCUACCAUGACGAUGAUCACCGCAUCGACCGCCCUGACUAUCUUCAUCAUGAAUAUCCAUCACUGUGGUCCGGAGGCGCGUCCUGUCCCUGAAUGGGCCCGCCGCUUCAUCCUGCACUACCUGGCACGGAUCUGCUUCGUCUUCGAGGUGGGAGAGAACUGCUUCACUGGCACCCCCAAGAAACAGGCCCCGCCUGAGCCCCCACCCGACCACAAUAUCAACCCCCAAACUAGAGGUACUAACUGGGAUGUGAACGGGCAGGCCUGGGGGGGCAUGGAAGGGAGGGGUGAAGAGGAAGUGGGAGGGGUGGGCGUAAAGACUCCAGAAGAGAAAGAGGAGGGGAAUAGACUGGAUGUGAAGAAAGGGUCAUACCAAAUGUUUGAGCCCAGUAGGUGGAAAGACGACCUGUUUGUAAGUAUAGAUGCAGAAGAGGAGGAAGAGGGAGCAGCAGGAAAAGAGGAGGGAGAAGGAGGAGAGGCAGAAAGAGAGAAGCGUUUCAGAGGAAAAAUUGGGUGCAUGGGAGGGGCAGAGGAAAAAAUGGGAGGAGGAGGAGAGAGAGGAGGUGCAAGAGGAGGAGGAGAGAGAGGCUCUGUGGAAGGAGGAGGUGAAAGAAGGAAAGGAUCAUUAGGAGGUGCAGAGGAUAGGGGUAGGAGGGAGGUGGUGGUGAGCGUCCAGUGUGUGUGUCAGCACCAGGCGCUCCGCAGGAACAUAGAGUACAUCGCCAGCUGCUAUCAUGACCAGCGUUCCACUCAGAGACGUACGGGUGAGUGGAGGAAGGUGGCCAAGGUCAUGGACCGACUCUUCAUGUGGCUCUUCUUUAUCAUGGUCUUCCUCAUGAGCCUCCUCAUUAUGGGCAAGGCCGUCUGAGCACGUGCAGAGAGCAGAGGGAAAAGACUCCAGGUACAAGUGACCCUCAGGCACAGAUCUAAGAUCAGAUCCUACCCUUCCCAAAUGCUGACCUUAACCAUUAAGGAGGAUCCCAAAUUGACCUUAGAUGAGUGUCUAAUGGUAACUUUAUCCUACUCCGAGGGGCAGUAGGCCAACUAAAUCAUUCAGUUUUUACCACAGGAGAUACUGUGUGUGGGGUUUUGUAUGUACUGUAUACUAGCUGUUAAUAUUCAGCAAUGUGUGGUAGACUUAAUUGAUCUCAUUUCAUACAGAAGUAGUUUUCUGUGAGGGGAGACAGUUUUUGUAGGGGAGACAGGAACAAACUUCAUCUGUGAAAUGGAGCCAAAGUAAUUCUUCUGCCGCCUGGCGACUAUUAUAAACACUAAGACACACCGUUUAACAAGAUCACGUUUUUAUAUUACUAUAACUUUUAAGGCUCUUCGGCCUUUUACUGAUUUACUGUAUGUGAAUAAUCCAUUAGACAAUUGUAUUUUUAAGUGUACUUCUCAGGCCUGCCAGUCACUACAUGAGAACGACAGUACUUUAUGAGUGCACACCUGAGAAGUGCACACUUUCUUUGAGUGCACUUGACGCUGUUGAAGAUUUGAUGUGUAGAAUAGAAUGUAUAGAAUGACAAUGCUAACUAAAAUAACAGUAGUGGUCCAUGCUUAAGAAGACUAAUGUAUCCAAUGCUUAUCACUUGUCUAUAUUGCAUAUGUACAAGUACGCCAUUAAAUGUAUUAAA